CGCAGUCUUGUGAGUGAUGGAUAGAAGUAAGAAACAAUUAAUGAGUAAAGAAAUUGUGCUUUUGUUUUGGGGCAGACGAUAUGAACAAAAUGAGGAUAUUUUGAGUUUUUAUCCUGUAGAAAAUAAUCGUCCAUAGAUUAAAGUUAAUAUCUAGAAUGAUAUUUUAUUUGAAGGAAUAGAAGAUAAACUAUAAGUUUUCUUUUGUGAUGAUCUCAAAUACAAAUAUUGUUUCCUAAUUAAUAGGGUGAUCGACAACGUUCUAUAAAUAUUUCUUAAACUCAAUGGUAGAGAAAUGAUUGAAUUGUACUAAAUACAUUAUUAACUUAACGAUGCUUAUUGUGAAAUUAGCUUAAUCGGUUGUGAAUUAUGUGAUAUUUAAGAGGUAUUUAACAGAUAUUUUAUAUUGAUUUGAU